AUGGGCGAGGCCGGCCACGACGCGCCGCCGGCGGCGCCGCCCGCCGACGACGCCUUCCCAGCCUGGGCGCGGACCGUCGACGAGUGCGCGAAGCGCUACAACGUCUCCCUCACCCACGGCCUCUCCACCGCCGACGCCGCAACCCGCCUCCGCACGCACGGCGCCAACGAGCUCCACGAGCACCCAGGCCCCACAACCCUGGACCUCAUCCUCGACCAGUUCAACGACACCCUGGUCCGCAUCCUGCUGGCCGCAGCCGCCGUCUCCUUCCUCCUGGCGCUCUCCUCCUCCGCCGGCGCCCUGACGCCCUCCGCCUUCGUCGAGCCCCUCGUCAUCUUCCUCAUCCUGGUCGUCAACGCGGCUGUCGGCGUCUGGCAGGAGACCAACGCGUCCAAGGCCCUGGACGCGCUGCGCCGGAUCCAGUCCGACCACGCCACGGUCCUCCGCGACGGCGCCUGGGUCCCCGCGCUCCCCGCCCGGGACCUCGUCCCCGGCGACGUCGUGCAGGUGCGGGUGGGCGACAAGAUCCCCGCCGACAUGCGGGUGGCGCGGCUCGUCACCUCCACCCUCCGCGUCGAGCAGGGGUCCCUCACCGGCGAGACCAACUCCGUCAACAAAACCGCCCACGCCCUCCCCCCCACCGCAUCCGACGCCGACAUCCAGGCCAAGGACUGCAUGGUCUUCGCGGGCACGACCGUGGCCAACGGCGGCGCGAUCUGCCUCGUCGUCCACACAGCCAUGUCCACCGAGAUCGGCAAGAUCCACUCGCAGAUCCACUCAGCCUCGCAGGAAGACGACGACACGCCGCUCAAGAAGAAGCUCAACGAGUUCGGCGAGGCGCUCACCAAGAUCAUCGGCCUCAUCUGCGUGCUGGUCUGGCUCAUCAACGCCAAGUACUUCCUCACCUUCGACCUGCGCCCAAACUCGUACCUCCCCACCAACAUCCGCUUCUCGUUCGAGAAGUGCACCUACUACUUCGAGAUCGCGGUGGCGCUCGCGGUGGCCGCGAUCCCCGAGGGCCUGCCGGCGGUGAUCACCACCUGCCUGGCGCUCGGGACCAGGAAGAUGGCCGCCAAGAACGCGCUCGUCCGCAAGCUGCCCAGCGUCGAGACGCUGGGGUGCACCACCGUCAUCUGCUCCGACAAGACCGGCACGCUCACCACCAACCAGAUGUCCGUCGCCAAGCUCGUCGCCGUCGGUGGCGCGCCGGGGACGGUUAGGAGCUUCAAGGUCGAUGGCACCACGUAUGAUCCCCGCGAUGGGAAGAUUCACGACUGGCCUGCAGGCGCAAUGGAUGCCAACCUGGAGAUGAUUGCGAAGGUUGCCGCGGUGUGCAACGAUGCCAGCGUCUCGCACUCUGCCAACCAGUUUGUCUCCACGGGGAUGCCCACUGAGGCUGCUCUCAAGGUCAUGGUUGAGAAAAUGGGACUUCCUGAAGGCAAGAACGGCUUGUCCGUGGAUCCAUCCGAGACAUUAGGCUGCUGCCGAUAUUGGAGCAAUGCUGCCAAAAGGAUUGCCACGCUCGAGUUUGACCGUAUGAGGAAAUCAAUGGGAAUCAUCGUUACGUCCAAAUCAGGAAGCAACACUUUACUUGUGAAGGGAGCUGUUGAAACCUUGCUGGAAAGGAGUACACAAAUACAGCUGCAGGAUGGUUCAGUUGUGCCCUUGGAUGAGAAGUCAAGAAAAGCUAUUUUGGCAAGUCUCCAUGAAUUGUCAACAAAAGCUCUGCGCUGCCUUGGUUUUGCAUACAAGGAGGAUCUUGGAGAAUUUGCAACAUAUGAUGGUGAAUUCCAUCCUGCUCACAAGCUUUUGCUGGAUCCAGCCAAUUAUGCAUCAAUUGAGACAGACCUGAUAUUUGUUGGUCUUGCUGGCCUAAGGGAUCCUCCGAGGGAAGAGGUCUUUGAUGCUAUUGAGGACUGCAGAGCUGCAGGUAUCCGUGUUAUGGUGAUUACAGGAGACAACAAAGAAACUGCUGAGGCAAUAUGUCAUGAAAUUGGUGUAUUUUCACCUGAUGAAGACAUCAGCCUGAAGAGCUUUACAGGGAAGGAGUUCAUGGCACUUGAGGAUAAGAAGACUCUGCUGCGAAGGAAAGGUGGCCUUCUGUUCUCUAGGGCAGAGCCUAGGCACAAGCAAGAGAUUGUGAGACUCUUAAAAGAAGAUGGUGAAGUUGUUGCUAUGACUGGAGAUGGAGUAAACGAUGCCCCUGCUCUAAAACUUGCAGACAUUGGUAUUGCGAUGGGUAUUACUGGCACUGAGGUUGCCAAGGAGGCUUCAGAUAUGGUACUAGCUGAUGACAACUUCAGUACCAUAGUUGCUGCAGUUGGUGAAGGAAGAUCUAUUUACAACAACAUGAAAGCUUUCAUAAGAUACAUGAUUUCCUCAAACAUUGGUGAAGUUGCCUCGAUUUUCCUUACCUCUGCUUUGGGUAUUCCUGAGGGAUUGAUACCUGUUCAGCUUCUAUGGGUUAAUCUUGUCACCGAUGGCCCCCCUGCAACUGCCUUAGGUUUCAAUCCUCCUGACAAGGAUAUCAUGAAGAAACCACCAAGAAGGAGCGAUGACUCACUGAUCACUCCCUGGAUUUUGUUCCGUUACCUGGUCAUUGGCCUUUAUGUGGGGAUUGCCACUGUGGGCAUCUUUGUCAUCUGGUACACCCAUGGAUCUUUCAUGGGCAUUGACCUCACUGGAGAUGGUCACUCCCUUGUCAGUUACUCACAGCUCUCAAACUGGGGCCAGUGCUCAACUUGGGACAACUUCACAGUUGCACCCUUCACUGCUGGAGCUAGAACUUUCACCUUUGACAACCCUUGCGAGUACUUCCAGGCUGGCAAAGUGAAGGCGACAACACUCUCUCUGUCGGUGCUGGUGGCAAUCGAGAUGUUCAACUCACUUAACGCGCUCUCUGAAGACACCAGCCUGCUCAGGAUGCCUCCAUGGGUCAACCCGUGGCUGCUCCUUGCCAUGUCGGUCUCGUUCGGCCUACACUUCCUCAUCCUCUAUGUGCCGUUCCUCGCACAGGUGUUUGGCAUUGUGCCGCUAAGCCUGAACGAGUGGCUGCUGGUGCUGCUUGUCGCACUCCCUGUGGUGCUCAUCGACGAGGUCCUCAAGUUUGUGGGCAGGUGCACGACUGCUUCGGGUCCCAAGAGGAGAGUAAAGAAGCAGAAGGGCGAGUGAAGAUGGCUAACAGCGGUUCUUUCAGACAUCACACAAACUAAUCAAUUUGUUCUGGACCAUGUAACAAUGGUCGACGAAGGAUGUUUAUUCAGCCGAUAAUAUAUAUAUGUCCAAUACAGGAAACUGAAGUAGAUAAAAUUUCUCAAACAAGAUUGAACUUAGCAGCUCUGCUCUUGUUUUUUAGUUGUUAGGUUGCAACCUUAAUUAUAUAUAUCCUGUGAAUUAUAUGUAGCUAGCGAUUAAAAGUCUUGAUCGUGUUUUGAGGACAACUAUUUGCCAAACAAGAGUGCAAAUAAUUAUUCACCGCGGGAACUACCGUUUCUGUUUAUUGUUGA